AUGACUAAGAUAACUGAAAUAGAAGGCAAAAGCGCCGUUGCUGCUUGGAGCCCGAUUCAGAGCUGCUCAGAUGUGAUUGCAAUAGGCACAAAGGACUCUGGUGGUAUAGGAUUUGAAGAUAAUGGGAGUGCAUUGGACUUGUAUGAUCUUGAUCUAUCCAAUGGGGAUGAACCACGACUUCUGGGGUCGGUCAAGACUGAGGCUCGUUUCUCCAGCGUUUGUUGGUCUCCAGAAACUCUGGGAGGAAAGUAUCCAAUGGGACUACUGACAGGAGGGAUGGAAAAUGGAGUUAUUCAUGUAUGGAAUCCAAAGGCCAUUAUGAAGAAUCAACAGUCCCUCAUUCGAACGAUCAAGGGGCACGCUACUGGACCGGUCAAAGCCUUGCAAUUCAAUCCACUGAACCUGAGUCAAUUGGCGACUGGUGGAAGCGAUGGAAAAGUACUCAUUGUAAACUUGGAUAAGGAAGAUGAAGUCUUUAUGCCUUGUGAGUCCACACAACAAAAUGCUCAGAUUACUGCCGUUGCCUGGAAUACGCAAGUCUCUCAUAUCGUGGCGAGUGCUGCUGCUGAUGGUACCGUUUCGGUUUGGGACUUGAAGAGCAAAAAGUCAUGGUGUAAUUUGCGUUGUGAGUCAGCCGGUAAAGCUGUCGCAGAUCUGGCAUGGAAUCCUAGCGAAGGGUUGCAUCUUUUGACUGCUUCAGCGGAUGACAACAACCCAGUUAUUAAGCUCUGGGAUCUCCGAUCGUCUACCAGUAUGCCCCUGACAACGUUGACAGGCCAUUCACAAGGAAUUCUAAGCAUGGCUUGGUGUCCGCAUGACGAGCACUUGCUCCUAUCCUGUGGAAAGGAUAAUCGCACCAUAUUGUGGGACCUUUUCACGCUCACACCAAUCGGAGAAGUACCAAUUGACGAAGUUGACCACCAAACUGACACAAACUCGAACAGCCAGGAAAUGUUUGCUGCAGGAGGACUCGCCUCGAAUCAUCAGAGACGAUAUGAUGUACAAUGGUCCCCCAUCAAACGAGGAGUUACCCUGACAUGCUCGCUAGAUCGUAAGGUACAAGCGCAUUCGAUUCUUGGGCUAUCAUCUAGUUCCGCUCGUCCACCAAAAUGGAUGCGACCGAGUAGUAGUGUUUCCUUUGGGUUUGGAGGAUCCUUGGUUUCGUGCGGAUCGACAGAUCGCUACAUUCGAAUGAGCACUGUUGUCGAAGAAGAAAGCUUUGCCAAGCUUUCAGCUGAGUUUGAAUCGGUUUUGCAAACGACUAAUGUUGCAGAGUAUUGCUACGAACGAGCCACAAAGACGAAGGUUACCUCAGAGGCAGAGUUGUGGGCCUUUAUGCAGAUAAUCUUCGAUCCAAACUCAAGGCAGCAACUUUUGGGUAUGCUUGGUUUUGAUCCGGAAAUGAUUGCCAGCAAAGCAAACGCUUAUGCGGAAGAUAACCUGACCAAUGGCAUUGAGAAGUUGGCUGUUGACGACAAGCCAGCUGGUCCAAUGACAAAGACGACCGAGCAAAUGGUGAAGCAAGCAAUCAUGGUUGGAAACUUUGAUGCCGCGGUCGAAUGCUGUUUCCGAAUGGGACACGCGGCUGAUGCUUUGUUGCUGGCAUCAUACGGAGGCGGAGAUCUCUGGACCAAGACGCAGCAACGAUACUUUGAGGCACAAGUCGAAAAGCGCAACUUUUUGCCUUUAGUUAGUGCGGUAUUCGGGGAUGGAUUGGCUGACUUGGUGCAAAAGUCAGAUCCCGAAGAUUGGAAGGAGACCCUUGCAAUCAUUUUGACAUAUGCCAAGACAGAAGAGUAUCAUGUUCUCUGUGACGCUUUGGGUGAUCUAUUGGAGCAGUAUGGAGACGACCGACAUGCCUCGCUUUGCUUCAUGUGUUCCAUGAAUCUAGGUAAAGUUGGAAAGUACUGGAGACAGCAGCUCGACGAAGUGAACAAGGCAAAGGGAUCUCUGGAUUUAGCUGCCUUGCACGAAUAUGCCGUCAAGGUUACAAUCUUUCUGGUGGCUGUGGGACCCACGUCAAAGCUUUGUCUUGAGGACGCUGAGUUGUUCUCAAAGUACUCUUCCAAAUUGGCAGAGCAAGGGCUCCUAGUCAGCGCCGCGAAAUAUAGCACUCCAGAUAGUUACGAGGGCAAGGUGUUGCGGGACCGACUGUAUAGAAGUAAAGCAAGUCCAAGCUGUCUAGCUGCCAUGGGUGGUGUUGCACCUGAGUUCCCAUUCGAUAUGACCAAUGUCAAAAUGUCUCGAGCCGAGCCAGCAAAAACGACGAGAAACACUCGGCAGAUGAGGACCCAGGCAUCAACAGCCUCGAACUAUUCUCAGUAUUCUCAAGUGAGUGCAAUGUCCAAUAGCUAUGCUGGUCAAUCGCAACAGCGUAGUGCUACUCCAACUCCAAGUGUGACACAACCGGCUUCGGCUGGAACACUACCAGACGGAUGGAUUGAACUUCAAGACCCGUCAAGUGGUAUGAUGUACUAUGCUAAUCAAACAACCGGAGAAACGACUUGGGAGAGGCCCCAACCCGUCGCCGCACAGGCGCUGCCCCCAGCACCACAACCCGAGCCUCAGAAAACAACUCCGGCUACUCCAAGCAGGCCAAACAAGUUAGCUUCGAAGUAUGGAGAUGGAUUUGUCACCUCGGCAUCGCACCCAGAACUCGCCAGUCAGUAUGGCAAUGUUGGUACAAGUAAUCCAUAUGGCGGCGCCCGAGCUGGAAUCGCGUCUGUAAGCACGGUAGAGAAGCCACCAGUUUCGGGAACAUUUGACCCAAACAAUAUUCCUGAACUUUCGGCCGAGCUCCAGCCGAUUAAGGAUUGUUUGAUUGGUGUCAUUGAUGCUUUGAAGGCAGAUCCUUCCAUGGGUGGAAGCGAUAAGCGUUUGUUGAGCGAAUCAGAACGUGGAGUCGCAGUGCUAUUGAAAAGAUUGGCGCUCGGAGACAUUCAACCUGAAAUAUGCGCCAAGGUGCUUCAAAUGAUUGGCUUCAUCACAACUUACGAUUUCGGAUCAGCCCAAUCUGUUUUGACUGAUCUCGUCAGUAGCGAGUGGAGAGGUCACAAGGACUGGUUGAAGGGAGUAAAGGCACUUCUUCAGCUGGCAAGGAAAAUAUGGAAUCGAUGA